UGGCUGAGUUGCUGUUAUUCUCAGUUGCUUUCACUUUGUUAUAAUGCCACUAACAGUUGACCGUGGAAUAUUUAGUAGCAAGGAAAUUUCAUGGAUGGACUUACUGCACAGGUGGCAACCUAUCAUAGUACCACGUUUGAAUUCACUGAUCUCCUGAGAGCGACCCAUUCUUUCACAAAUGUUUAUAGAAGCAGUCUGCAUGCCUAGGUGCUUGAUUUCAUACAUCUGUGGCCAUGGAGGUGAAUGGAACACCAUGAUCCAAUGAU